AUGUCAGUCCGCGAAACCAGCAAUCUCAUCAACCGAAAUGAAAGUGGCAACGGGUACCCUCGCAGCCAACAGCGUACCGUAACAGAAUGGAUUAUUGAGCUUUGGGAGGAGUCCAAGGCAAAGGAAGUGUUCACACUCCCGGCGCAGAGAGGCGAAACCUUAAUCAAGUCCCCUGAAUACGGUUACCGUAUCGAUUGUCAAGGGUACUUCGAGGUGAACGGCACGAAUUGGCUUAACCUCCAAAUUCAAGAGAAUGUCCUUCGAAAAAAGGGCGAAAGUACGACAGUCCUCACCACGUACGUUCACUACGAUGGCUAUCAUCGAACAAGUUUCAUCACCAGCAAGAUCAUCUUGCAGGCGAUGAAACAGCAAGCAAUGCAUGGCCUCCCAGAGUAUGUCAUCUUUGUCGAGGCAAAUGAGAAUGGAAAGAGCCCGAAGGGUCUUCAAAACAUCCCGCGUAGUCCUAAUGGGAUAGUUAACAGAAGAAAUAUCUGGAAACCAGAGUAG